AUGAACGUCGCAGUAGUAGGAUGUUUGCAUGGAAAACUGGAAUUCCUUUAUCAAGAAUUGAGUGACUGGGAAAACUAGAAUAAAUAGAAAGUUGAUUUUAUAUUAUGUAGUGGAGACUUUUAGAGCUUGAGAGAUAAAAAUGACAUGAGAGCACUUGAAUGUCCUGAAAAAUAUAAAGAGCUUGGCUAGUUUCACAAAUUCUACAACUAGGAAUUAAAAGCUCCUAUACUUACAAUAUUUGUAGGAGGAAAUCAUGAAGCAUCAAACUAUCUAAGAGAUCUCUAUUAUGGAGGAUGGGUUGCUCCAAAUAUCUAUUUUCUAGGGGCUAGUGGAAUAAUUAAUGUGAAAAAAGGAGAGCAUACCUUAAGAGUAGGCGGCAUUAGUGGAAUUGAAAAGCAUUAUGACUAUUUAAAGGGAUACCAUGAAAGAUAUCCAUAUGUUGAUAAUCACGAUUAUCUUAGGACUAUGUAUCACAUCAGGCAUUUUGAAAUGACUAGCUAAGUAGAUUUGUUCAUGAGUCAUGAAUGGCCUACAAUAAUUACCUAAAAAGCGAGAAAGGAUCAAAUUCAGAAUCUAUUGUUUAAUAUCUCUCAAACCACUUCAAGACUACAAUCUAUAUUUAGAGAAUAAAGCUAGGGCUAAUACCAAAACAAUAGAACUCAAGAGUACAAAUGGCAACCUAAAUAGAAUUAAAAUGCAAAAGGAUAUCAACAAAAUAAAAGCAUUCUUGAUGAUUUAUUUCAACAGCACCAGUUAGAUCCAUAAAAUAUUAGUUAAGUUGAAGAAGAGUCUAAAUAGGCAGAUUAAAUUGAUAAUAAAAUAAGCAUAUCCUAUAAUAAAGAAUGGAUUGCAAUCUUAUAAGAGACGUAAUCAAUGAUGCCACUUACUGCUGAUAGGCAUGAUUUUAGAGGAUUGAAUAAAAGCGAUGGGGAAUUAAUUUAAAGAAUAAAACAAAGGACUCAAGACUUAAAAGAAAAAGAUUUGGUUAUAGAUUAAAGUUAUGAAUUACUUUAUCAAGAAUAUAAGAACAUUCAUCCCUAAACUUAACUUAUUAUUGAUAAAUUUGGACUUGAUGAUAGACUUUUCAAUCAAAGUCAUUACCUAAAGAUCUCAGCAAACUCUAAUUUCACUUAGGAUUAGAAGAGUUUAAAUAAAGAUGAAGAAAAUAAAAACGAUUAAAAUGAAAGUAAUCUUGAUAAGAGAUCAUACAGCUAAGCGUUUUAAAAGGUUACAGAUCAAAAUGAGAUAGACUUGGAUGAUCUUUGA